AUGUUUCACUCGUCGCAAGCGUUUCCCUCGUCACGCCAGGUUGUCCUUGUCUCCCACGCUCACCCGCGCUUCCCACGCUUACCCACGUUUCCCGCGCUCUCCAGCGACACCCGCGCUUACCCUCGUCACCCGCGCUUACCCGUGUCAUCCCCACUUACCCGCGCUUAUCCGCGUUUCCCGCGCUUACCCGAGGGAAAGAGGGGGAGUGAAGGAGGGGUAGGGACGAAAGUGCAGGGACGAGAGGGGAGGGAUAGUGGGGGAGGGACAGAGGGGCAGGGACAGAGGGGGAGGGACAGAGGGGAGGGAACGAGGGGGAGGGACAGAGGGGGAGGGACAGAGGGGAGGAAAGAAGGGGAAGGACAGAAGUGGAAGUUCAAGGGGGAGAGGGUGGAGGACAGAUGGGGAGAGACAGAGAGGGGAGGUACAGGGGGGGGGGCAGGGGGGGAGAGACAUAGGGGGAAGGGCAAAGGGGGAGAGAUAGAGGGGGAAGGACACAGUCUAUUCUCCUUUGCCUCACCUGCCACUCCCCCCUUCCUCCUCCCUGCUUCCCCCCUCCCUCCUUCCUGCUUCCCCCCUCCCUCCUUCCUGCUUCCCCCCUCCCUCAUCCAUGCUUCCCCCCUCCCUCCUUCCUGCUUCCCCUCGUCCCCACCCCUUUUUUCCCCCAUCCCCUUCCCUGCUUCCCUCCAUCCCCUUCCCUGCUUUCCCCCAUCCCCUACCCUGCUUCCCCCCAUCCCCCUCCUUGCUUCCCCCCAUCCCCUUCCUUGCUUCCCCCCAUCCCCUUCCCUGCUUCCCCCCCCAUCCUCUCCCUCCCCAUGUACAAUCUCCUUUCAUACUCCCCACUCCUCUCAUACCCCCCACUCCUUUCAUACUCCUUUGCCUCACCUGCCACUCCCCCCUUCCUCCUCCCUGCUUCCCCCCUCCCUCCUUCCUGCUUCCCCCCUCCCUCCUUCCUGCUUCCCCCCUCCCUCCUCCAUGCUUCCCCCCUCCCUCCUUUUUGCUUCCCCUCGUCCCCUCCCCCUUUUUCCCCCAUCCCCUUCCCUGCUUCCCUCCAUCCCCUUCCCUGCUUUCCCCGAUCCCCUACCCUACUUCCCCCCAUCCCCCUCCCUGCUUCCCCCCAUCCCCUUCCCUGCUUCCCCCAUCCCCUUCCCUGCUUCCCCCCCCAUCCUCUCCCUCCCCAUGUACAAUCUCCUUUCAUACUCCCCACUCCUCUCAUACCCCCCACUCCUCUCAUACUCCUUUGCCUCACCUGCCACUCCCCCCUUCCUCCUCCCUGCUUCCCCCCUCCCUCCUUCCUGCUUCCCCCCUCCCUCCUUCCUGCUUCCCCCCUCCCUCCUCCAUGCUUCCCCCCUCCCUCCUUCAUGCUUCCCCUCGUCCCCUCCCCCUUUUUCCCCCAUCCCCUUCCCUGCUUCCCUCCAUCCCCUUCCCUGCUUUCCCCCAUCCCCUACCCUGCUUCCCCCCAUCCCCUUCCCUGCUUCCCCCCAUCCCCUUCCCUGCUUCCCCCCAUCCCCUUCCCUGCUUCCCCCCAUCCCCUUCCCUGCUUCCCCACCCAUCCUCUCCCUCCCCAUGUACAACCUCCCUGCUCCUCUCAUAUCCCUACACCCUUCUUCCCACCCUUGCAGCCCUGCUUCUCCCCCUUGCACCCCUGCUUUCCACCCUUGCACCCCUGCUUUCCACCUUUGCACCCCUGCUGUCAGCCCUUGCACCCCUGCUGUCAGCCCUUGCACCGCUGCUGUCAGCCCUUGCACUCCUGCUUUUCUGCUUCAAGAGCAGCAGCAAGUCCUUCCAGAGAUCCUAUAG